AUAGGUUAUUUUGAUAGUUUUAGUAUUAUUAAAAAAUUUUAGUAAAUCAUAGAAGCCCGAGUUAAAAACGAGCAUAAUGUCUUAGAUUUCAUUUAAUAUUAAUUUGUUUAUACAAUUUGACAAGACGUUUGGACCUAACUUGGUCUUCUUCGGUCACUUUUAUUACAUAAAUAAUAGUCUUCACCUUAUAACUACUCCACUUAUAACAAAAUUCCUAAUUAAAACGGUAUUAAGACAUUCGCAAAAUGUUUAAAUACGUUUGGUCGCAUUCUUUAUUUGCAUUGCAGAUUUAAAUCACGAUCUGAUUUGUUUAAAAAUAUUUACCAUAAAGUAAAUUUAUUUUAUUAAGUAAAUUUAUUUAAAUAAAAAUCAUUUUUUAACAACUAAUUAUUUUUUUAUUAGUGUGCUAGAAUGUUUUAAAAAUAUUUUCCAUUGCUUUAAUUAUGGUUUAUAUUUGGAGGAAUCGAUUUAAUAUAAUGAUUAUUUUCAAACUUUUUACAUUCUCUUUGUAGAUUAAAAAUAUUUUCGUGUAAAAAAAAACUGGAAAUCAUUCAACACUAUUAAUAUUCCAAUAAUUCACCCAUGGACCCUCUUAUUGUCGUGGAGGCAAAUAAUGUGGAACACUCGCCUGAAAGCAUAGAAUGCGUACCUGAGUACGACUUAUUAUCAAAUAGAAUCGAACGACACAUAGUUAGGAAAAGAAGAAUGAGAGAAGACACGAGAAAGCAGAAUUUGAAUCGGAACAAAAACGAUAAGAAGAAGCCUCAACUUUCUUUGGAAUGUGCUACAUGCGGCAAACGUUUCAGUCAGAAAGCUACCAUGAUAAAACACAUGAGUUUGCACAAAUAUCAGUGCCAAACCUGUUGCCAAAACUUCAGUCUAAAGCGAGAGUUGAAGCGCCAUAUCAUGAAUGUCCAUGGACCUCUUUUGUAUCCCUGCAGCAUCUGUGAGUACAAGAGCAAUAACAAAUGCACCCUAAAGGACCACUUUAUACGAAAACACACCAGCGGUUUUCAGCAUUCUUGUGCAGUCUGCAAGAAGCAGUUCAAGAUCAAGAACGACUUGAAGCAACACAUGAAUCAGGUGCACAGCGGCGAGCCGCCCAUUAUCUGCAGUAUCUGCGGACACGCUUGCAAGAACGUGCCUGCCAUCAAGGCGCACAUGAAAUAUCGACAUUACAAGCCAGCUUACGAAUGUAAAAUAUGCAAGCGCGGUCUGACCACGCAAGAGAAUCUCGACCAACAUUUGAUCUGGCACGAACGAAAGGAAAAAGUCGUUUGUCCCACCUGUGGCAAGACCUUCGGCCAGAAGAGGGACUUGGAUCUUCACUUGAGGAUUCAUCAAGGUAUCCGACCAUUCUCCUGUCCAGUCUGUGGCAAAACCUUUCCCAGGAAGACCGCGCAAGAGCAGCACAUAUUAAUUCACACUGGCAAGAAGCCAUACAUCUGCGAUAUAUGUGGACAUACCUUUGCGCAGAAACCUGGACUCAUCUGCCACAGAAAGCGACAUCCUGGACCACUGCCGCCAUUACCUGUGGUAUCCAUUAAGAAAAUAAUCAUGGACUUCACGCAGGAAUUGAUCUCUUCUACGCAACAAGAUAAAACAACGACGGGGUAGAUCGCGCGCCGUGCAUCAGUGCGUUAAAUGCGGGGCUCGUUUCUGUCAUACGCGAAAACUUGUGGAGCAUCUGAAGAACUUACACAACAUCGACCGAGCGUUUAGCUGCGACGAGUGCAACGAAACAUUUCGCAGCCC